CAGAAUGAAGCACGUACUUCCUGCUCUAACUUAGAUGAAGUAGACACAGGACUCGGUACAUUAAACACAUUUUACCUGAUUAAAGCUUUUAGUGCUUAUUUACUUUCGGGUUUAUUCUUGCAUAAAGUAUUUCGCACCGAAACCGUUUUGUGGACUGCGGAAGUGCAUCGCUGCAUGUGAAUUGUUCAUCUCUGUGUUUAAGAUGCAUGUCGACAAAUACAUCAUUACAGGCGGUGGAGGAUAUUUUGGCUUCCGGGAUCUGCAAGAUCACAAACACAAGGAGUUGAAGCUUCGGAAGUUGAUCUGUUUGACUGCAAAGAUGAUGAUCUCUACAUAAAGCCCAGCUGCAUCGCUCUCUUUAGACAGUGAUGAAAAACAUAUCAUUAUUAUUUUCAGGCACUCAGAUGGCAUUUCUUGCUUGCGCUCUGAGCAACAAGUCCUCCAGAGUCGUCCUGUUUGAUGUCAGGCCGCCUAGUAAAGCAUUGCCCGAGGGUGUGGAGUUCAUCCAGGGUGACGUUCGAGAUCUUUCACAGGUGCUAAAUGCGUUGCACGGCGCAGACUGCGUUUUUCAUAUUGCAUCGUAUGGGAUGUCUGGGAGAGAGCAACUCAACAGAAAGCUGAUUGAAGAAGUAAACGUUCAGGGGACCGAAAACGUUAUUCAGGCGUGUGUGGAUCUCCGGGUUCCUCGAUUGGUGUACACCAGCACCUUCAACGUGGUCUUCGGCGGUCAGGUCAUAAAGAAGGGCGACGAAACUCUUCCUUAUCUGCCUUUACACCUCCAUCCCGACCACUACUCCAGGACCAAGUCUGUAGCAGAAACACUGGUGCUAAAAGCUAAUGGAUCGCCUCUAGCACUCAAAGGUGGUGUCCUGCGAACUUGUGCUCUCCGUCCAGCUGGGAUUUACGGUCCAGGAGAGGAAAGACAUCUUCCAAGGAUUGUGGGAUAUAUCGAGAGAGGCCUCUUUAGGUUUGUGUAUGGGGAUCCUGAGAGUCUGGUGGAGUUUGUCCAUGUUGAAAACCUAGUCUCUGCGCACGAGUUAGCUGCAGAAGCGUUAACAGAGAGACAUCAGCAUCGUGCUGCCGGACAGGCUUACUUCAUCUCAGACGGCCGGCCCAUCAACAACUUUGAGUUCUUUCGGCCGUUAGUGGAAGGUCUGGGUUACUCCUUCCCGAGACUGCGGCUUCCGGUUUCUCUCAUUUACAUUUUCGCAUUCCUCACAGAGAUCUUUCACAGCGCCGUCAGCCAUGUCUACAACUUCCAACCUCUUCUGACACGUGCUGAAGUUUACAAGACUGGAAUCACACACUAUUUCAGUAUAGAGAAAGCCAGAGCAGAGCUCACUUACAACCCCAAGGAGUAUGACCUGGGAGAAGUGGUGGAGUGGUUCAGGAGCAGAGGGCAUGGGAAAAAGCGAGUCACUUCACCUGUUAAAAACCUGAUCCUCGAUGUUGUGUUGGUUCUUAUCAUUGUGGCACUGGCUCUUUCUUUUCUGCCGGUCGUGGGUCAGUAAAAUGCCACAGAAAAGCUUGCAGUAUUUCAAGAUUUAUUUUUCUGUAUAUUUUUUAUUAAAAAAUGAAAGAAAUUUCUAUUAAAAACUGAAAAACUAAACAGGAAUGUUCUCGGAACGUUUCAAGAACCAAAAACAAACAUUCCUAGAACAUUCUGAGGACCAAUAAUUGUUAGCUGAUGUACACUAAUUAAUUUCUAUGGCUUAACGUUUCCUUUAGCUACCCUCUGAUGACCGAACAUGUGGCACAGUGUACACAUGCACCACCUUAAAUCUCCUUAAACCUGUACAAACUACACACUAAUGUAAACAAGUCAUGUGACAAGAGCUUGACCAAUCAGAACAAAGCAGCUCGUAGGCACUAAUCUACAGUAUUGAUGGUAUAAAUCUUUACAGUAUCAACAUUGGACCAUCCAGUAGGAGCAUAUUUUGAGUGGGUUAUUGUUGUGUACCUUAUAAUUGUGUUUUAUUUGUAUUUACAAGUUUUAGUUUUGUCAAUUAAUUAACAUUUCUGAUGUGUUCUGAUUGACUUGCAUUAGAUCGAUUAGAAUUGUUUCAAUAAUAAUAAUAAAUUGAGAAUAAAAUGAUUGUUUCCAUCAUGCAGCUGUACUGUGACAGAUAGAUAGUUGAUGAUGAAGUGGUGUUUGUGUAACAGGUGGCUGACAUGCGAUGGACUGUAAGUGUGUGUGCGUGUGUGUGUGUUCAGGGACAGGUGUGUGUAUUCUACAGACAAAAGACCCACUUAGAAAUGCAUUUUUCUUUCCAAACACAGCCUCAUAGUGUGCUUUGUCUCGUGUUUACACGGACUUCCAAAGCUUUAAAUGUGUUCAUUCUGAAGAGGGUUUUUUUUUUCCCCUGAGCAAAUAAAAUGAAGUGUGCUCUUUAACAACUUUUUGACUCACAAAAUCCACAUGAAUUAAAAUUUACCUUAGAAAA